AUGAGGGCCCUGGAUGAUGAGGUGACUCACUCUGCCCCUAAUCCCAACCGUAAGUCUGACUCCAAACCUAACACCAGUGAUCAAAACAUUGACCUGGAAGAAGAUACGUCACAGGACAGUGGCAAGGGCCUAGGUGGGGAGGAGUGUGCCCCCCACUCCCAGCCAUGGCAGGUGGCGCUCUUCGAAGGGAAUCGCUUCAACUGCGGGGCUUCUCUCAUCUCCAGCAAGUGGCUGCUAACUGCUGCCCACUGCAUCACCGGCAAUAUGCGGGUCCGGCUCGGGGAACACAACCUCCGCGUGUGGGAAGGAGUGGAGCAGCUGCGGGGAGUGGCCUAUGCUUUCCCCCACCCUCGCUACAAGAAUCGGGGCCAUCAUGAUGACAUCAUGCUUCUCCGCCUGACCCGGCCGGCCAGCCUGUCGGACAGCGUCCGGCCCGUGGCCCUGCCCACCCGCUGCCCCCGUCAUGGGGAGCAGUGCGUGGUCUCGGGCUGGGGCUUGGUGACCGAAUCCAAGGCAGGGCCCCAGAGAGACAUGAGGGACCGAGCUGCCGUGCCCACGGUGAAGCUCCCAGACACUCUUCACUGUGCUAACAUCAGCAUCAUAUCAGCUGCUUCCUGUGACAAGGAUUAUCGCGGGCAGGUGACAGAUACCAUGGUGUGCGCUGGUGUUGCGGGAGGAGGCACCGACUCGUGCGAGGGUGAUUCGGGAGGCCCCCUGAUCUGCGGGGGAAUGCUGCAGGGUAUUGUCUCAUGGGGUGAUGUCCCCUGUGAUACCACGGCCAAGCCAGGGGUCUACACCAAAGUAUGCAAAUACUUAGGUUGGAUUCGAGAUGUGAUGAAGAAGUACUGAGCUGGAAUGAUCCCUGCUCAUCGGCAGCUGUUCAUACUUCCCCUGUGGAUGCCUUGGGAGCGCUCCCUGACAUCUUCUUCUUGUCUGGGGCAAGACAGAGACCUGACCCUUUUCACCUCCAGCCCAAAGAACUGGAGAUUGACUAAGAAAAAUGCUUCACUUUAAGAACCUGGAGCUCUCCCCCAAGAUUCUGUCCAAAGUAACCAUAUAAUCAAGAUUGUAAUUUGAACUAG